ACUCCUGCAGACUCCGCCCUACUGUAUGCGGGCGACAUUCUCACGGUGCAUUUGCGUUUCUAACUCUCCCAGAGGAGAUGACCAUUCGACCCUUCUCUCUCAGUACAACCAUUAGAUAAUUUCGUCGUUUCCCUGUUGUUACCAGUGUAUGUCAAAUGUCUGUCCUUAACGAGGGUCUUCGCGAGAGUCGCAGCGCUCUAAAACGUACGUAAAUAAACUCAGAAUCGCCGUGGCUCCCCUGUCAUGCGCAAUGUUGCGUUGUGCUGCUGCCAUGUUGGAUCGAGCUGUCGAUGUUGCUGUCUGAGUUGCGAUGAAAGUUUAGAUUUUUGAGACUGUGGGACACCAAAGCUAACUGGCCUUUUUCGGAAGUCGAAGGAACGUCUGAGCUGUGUCUAAAAGACUCCCUGGAAAAGUUAAGGAUUUUACAUUCACCUCGCUUCGUCCGCAAGAAACCUGCACCCAUGAGAGGGUCCGGUUGCAGGCCACGGUGAUCAAUGACUGCCUGUCUCUAAAUUUCUCUCUUUUUGAGUUCGCAUUAUUCUGUUUUUGACUGUCAAUUAAGUAUGAGUGGUCAUCCGCCGCCUCGGCGGCCCCCAAGUGUGGGAUCAAUACUCCUCACCCCUCAAGAAAACGACAGUCUCUUCAAUCAUCUGGGAAGGAAAUGCAGCACCCUGGCCUCUGGAGUGGUGCAGGUGUUUGCAGGCGAGAGGAAUGGCUGCUGGGUGAAGAAGUGCUGUGGCGUGGCCUGUCUGGUCAAAGACAACCCCCAGAGGUCCUACUACAUCCGGGUCGUCGACGUCAAGGAGGGCAAGACCUUGUUUGAGCAGGAACUCUACAACAACUUCACCGUCACCCCCUCCAGGACGUACUUCUUAACGUUCCCAGGAGAUUCAUGCCAGAUUGGCCUGAACUUUGCCAGUGAGGAAGAGGCCAAGCGCUUCCGCAACACGACCACAGACCUGCUGUCGAGACGGCAGAGGAAAACUGAGAAGAGACGUGACCCACCAAAUGGUACGUUCCUUAUCACUUGCCUCCAUUUCAUUUCAUUCAGUGUAAUUUUUUUUUGGGUAGAGCUUUUUUUGAUAUUGCUAAAUUCUCCAGGCAGGUUUAGAAAGAGCCAAAGCCACCCACACUUCAAAAUGAAUUAAAAAUGAAACUAAAUCUCUUUACCUUGAUAUGGCAUAAACCAUUUUCUAAAGACACUCUGCUGAGCAUUAGUUACAGAUAUGUGGAAUGCACAGCCCUUCUGUUUUCAUCAAUUAAACACUCCUCGGUUUAUUUAAAUAAAGAUAAAUAUUUCUGCAGGCAGUAAUCCAUACACACACCCACACACCACACACCUCACACCU